UAGUUGAUAUAUUUAUUUCUUUAGUUGGGAUUAUUUAUAUUAAAUAAUAUUAUAUAUAUUUUUUUAAACACUGUAAAUGUAUAUGUUAAAUGUUAAAAGUUUGUUCUACAGUAAUAUCAGACAAUUUUACAUUCAAACAGUAACAGUCUCAACUAUGAAUCAAACUAAGUUACUGAGUCUUGUACAGUCUUGUAUACCUACACUGGAUAAUAACAAGCACAAAGGUCAAGCAGGCAGAAUAGGUAUUUUCGGGGGCUCAUUAGAAUAUACUGGUGCACCUUAUUUUUCAGGAAUAAGUGCCCUAAAAGUUGGUGCCGACUUGGUUCACAUCUUCUGUGCAUCACAAGCGGGAACAGUAAUAAAAUCAUAUAGCCCUGAGCUAAUAGUUCACCCUUUGUUAGAUCAGCCCAAUGCUAUAAACAAGAUCACUCCUUGGCUUGAAAGAUUACAUGUAAUUGUGAUUGGACCUGGUUUAGGUAGAGAUAGUGGGAUAUUGUCAACAAUAAGUGCACUUAUAGGUGUAAUAAGAGAAAUGAAAAUUCCAUUAGUCAUUGAUGCUGAUGGUUUAUAUCUUAUAACACAAGAUCUUAAUUUAAUUAAAAAUUUUACAUCAUCUGUUAUUUUAACCCCAAAUAAGAUUGAAUAUGAAAGAUUGUCAGAUAAAAUAAAUUUUGCUGGUGGUAUAAAUGAACUUGGCAAUUGUGUAACUGUUUUAAAGAAAGGAAAAACAGAUGAAGCUUUAAGUCCUGCUGCUUCUGUUCAAUGGCAAUAUAAUGAUGGUGGUUCAGGCAGAAGGUGUGGAGGCCAAGGUGAUAUCUUAUCAGGUACUAUUGCUACAUUCCUCCACUGGAUUUUAAGCAAUAAAAAUGUAACAUUUGAAGGAACAGACAAGAAUUUACUGGCAUCAUCUCUUGCAUGCUUUGCUGGAUCUGUCCUUGUAAGGAGAUGCAAUGAAAAAGCUUUUAAAAUAAAAGGACGAAGUAUGUUAGCAAGUGAUAUGAUUCCAUUUUUACAUGAUGCUUUUACUGAAUUAUAUGAAAAAAAGUCUUUAUAAAUAUAUACCUAUGAAAUAAGUGUAAUUGCUACAAAUAAUUAAAAUAUA